AUGCCAGCAGAUCGACAGCCAAGGACAACGCGAAUAGUACGCGUUCGCACUGGGUGUUGGACUUGCAGGCGCCGCAAGAAGAAGUGCGACGAGGUUCGUCCGAUUUGUGGCGGCUGUUCACGGAAUGAACUGGGCUGCUCGUGGCCAACGAUUAUCCCAGGGAGAAGGAAUUCCGGGCCUGAGAAUGAGGCCUCAAAAGACAGUGCGGAUUUGAGGCGAUUCAGUCUUCCUGAAACGAUUGACGAACACGAGGCGAUGAGACUAUCGGCCAGUCCAGCGUCAAGGCGGCAUUCCUCCUCGAUUUCGUCGAUCGGGUCGCCAUCAGUUACUGCUAGUGAUGACCUGGACGAGCCUAUGGCACAGAACGAGUCGGCAGAUCACUGUAACUCAUCAGCUGGAAAUACUAGCAACGACGACAUCUCUCUGAUACACAGGGCUCAUGUUGGAAAUGUGGUGCCGAGGACAAUGUCCAUGUUACCUGGCUACGAUCCAGAAUCAUAUCAACUUCUCAGUCAUUAUUUGAGCACCACGGCGGACUGUAUGGCCAACGGGUCUACCCCAAUCAACCCUUUUCUGGUGCAAAUUGUACCCCUUGCAUUUAGCAGCGACCUCUUACUCCAACUUGUCAUCACUCAGAGUGCGGCCCAUCGUGCGUUUCGCCGCCGUGAUGAGACAGAUGCUGUCGCCCAUUCCCAUUAUUCCAAGGCCAUCAAACUAUUCCGACACGGGGUGACCGAAUUUAUUGAAGGCAAAGAGCCCAAUCCGCUUAUGCUACUAGUUGGCGCUCUCCUGAUGUGUUUCACCGAGACAGCCAAAGGUGACAUGACAGGCACAAUAUUCGACCAUCUAUCGGCCGCAAAUACUCUCCUUGUGAAGCUUCUUGCCCAGAGUGACACAGCUGUACCAAGAGAGUUGAAAGAUUUCGUGAUUGAAUAUUAUUCCUACACAGCGACCGUGAGCAUGAUCUCAAUAGACGCUCGACUGAGUGGACAGCUGUUUCUAAACUUCGAGCUUGAGCAACGAGCGCGAGAACUCCUCCAAACGCAAUAUGUCGGAAACCUCUGCGGCUGCUGGCUUGAACUCCUUCUCCUGAUCCCGUGCAUUUUCGACCUUGGCCGACAGUGGAUGAUGGAUGAUGGUCCGGCAACGAUACCCACAGCAGAUGACAUGGCGAUGUUUGCGUCUAUCCAAGCGCAGAUCCUCCGAUGGUCCCCUUAUCCAUUCGUGGUUUCUGAGGUCUACCUUGCUGGGUUGAUCUUCCAACAAGCAAUGAUCAUUUAUCUAUACACAUCUCUCGGCGGUUAUGAGCACACCUCGGAUGGGAUUUACAAUGGCCUUAUCCAGACGGCCGUCACAGAAGCAAUGACAUACCUGGGCGAGCUAUCACCAGAAGCACGCAUCAACUCCGGCUUAUGCUGGCCCAUUGCCGUCGUCGGUUCUUGUCUUUCCAAACCUGAGCAGCAGGAAUGUCUCAGAACACGCCUUGUCGCAAUGGCGACGCACUUUGGCCUGGGAAAUAUGCAGAGAACACUCCUACUCCUUGAAGUGAUGUGGCAACUUCCACAAUCCGAGGCCGGGCCUUGGAAUAUCUGUCGGACAAUGCAGCAGAAUCAAAUUUGGAUUUCAUUUGCGUGA